GUAGUUCCCGAAUAAUCUUUCGCUUCAGCGUCUAAGAGAUUUCAAAGAGAACUUCAAAAACCAAAAACUGGCAUCUGCAAAGAGAUGAGGAGUAAGGCUGGGCCGGGAAGUGGUUGACACUAUGGAGAUGUACUGGGUGCUGCUCGCGGCCGUCUUCAUCGCUGCUCAGGCACAGAACAAUAGGAAUGAUGGCCCCCGGUUCCUGUCUAGAGGCCAUUCGUUCAGGACAGUGGUAGGAGACACACUACUACUGCCAUGUCAAGUACAAAACUUGGGUUCCCUAGUCCUGCUAUGGCGGAGAGGCCCAGCUGUGCUGACUGCGGCCAGUCUCAUGGUGACCAGGGAUGAAAGGUUUCGCCUGGUCGACGGGUACAACCUGCAGAUCACUGAUGUGGGGCCACAGGACGCUGGAGACUACGUAUGUCAGAUCUCAGACCGUGUAGCGAGGGACCAGGUGCACACAGUGGAGGUACUGGUCCCUCCGAGCGUGAGGGCCUCGCCAGAGUCUCGCCAUGCUGCCGCGAGGAGAGGGGGCGCUGCUGUGCUAGAGUGUCGAGCUGCUGGCAACCCUGUACCAACUGUCACUUGGCAUAAACUUGUGAUUCCUGUUUUCCAGAAUGACACGAACACAAGACUAGGGGAGGGCCCACAGUUGCAACUAUCGAGGCUAGAGAGGGGACACAGUGGUCGAUAUGCUUGCACUGUCGAUAACGGCGUGGGCGCACCUCUAGUCGCUGAAUUCCAGCUGCAAGUUCUAUAUCCACCGGAGAUAACAGUGGAGAGAUCAUGGGUACAUACGGGCGAGGGCUUCAGAGCUGAACUGCUGUGCACAGUCCUGGCAGACCCACCAGCAGAGGUGACCUGGUACCAAAACUCUUUCCCUCUGAGUGCCUCCGAGAGGGUCACAAUGUCCGCCCGAGGGAACAACCACACCCUCCUCAUUGCGAAUGUCCAGCCUGAAGAUUUUGGAAACUACAGCUGCGUGGCAGACAACAGCCUGGGUCGUGCGCGACAACACGUGGAAGUGUCAGGGCGGCCCGGGCCGGCCCGCUUCACGUCCGCGCCGCUCGCUCGCGCGCACACGCGGUACCUGCUCGCGUUCGCUGUCGACAGCUACCCUCCAUUGGACGAGCUGAGGCUUCUUUAUCGACAGUUGGCGAUCAACGAAUCGUUCCAGCAGCCUGGCAGGUGGCAUGACGUGGUGAUUCCUGCGCCGGAGCCGGCCGGGUCUCUGACACACCGCGUCACUCAUGAACUCAGGGGUUUGCAGCCGGGAGCCGUGUAUGAGGCUAUCGUGCAAGCCAAGAACAGAUAUGGAUGGAACGAGGUCAGCGACAUUUUCCAGUUCCAUACCCUUGGCGGCACUCACACAGCUCACGCUGACGAACUAACACCAAUGUUCGCGGCGACGUCCCGGCCACGACUGGCAAGUUCUGUUCUACUCGCCUUAAUAUAUACCCUGCGCCUCAUUUGAACCGACCAAUCAGCGAUCUCCGUUUUAAAUUUUUGACGUUUGUUUUCUUUUUUAAUCGUAUGACGAUGUGACACCAAAACUUUUUUAGUCGAUAAGCUUUUUAUAAGAGUUGUGACAAAAUGUGUUGACGCGGUUUAGUUAAUGUUUUGUAACUAAUUUUUUCAUGGUUUGCACGCGGUUUUUAAUGUUAUAGCUAAUACUGAAAACUGAAUUCACAUUCCUUUUAUAAUAAAAGAUUAAGUCUUAAGAAAAACAGUUAAAUCUUUAAGAUUUUUAGUCUAGUUUCAUUUAAUCGAAAGUCUACUGAUACUGACAAAAUUUGACAGCCAACUGACAUUAAAAACCGCGCGCAAAUGAAAUUAAAGAUGGCGUUCAAUGAUGCUUAAAUUAAUGUUGCCAUACCUCGAAUCAUUCUACCAUUUUGUAAAAAAACGCAUAAAUCUUAGGAACGUUUGGAAUUUUUAUGUUUUAUAUUAUAUUUUGUGACUAUAAACGCACAUUUUAAAUUAAAUUAUUAUUUUUAAGUUGUAUAGUUGCUGGUAAUCUAUGUAAUUAGUAGUAAAAUUGUCUUUAAUACGAAGAUUUCUAACGAUUUUUAAAUUAAAAUUUGAAUUUUAAUAUAUCCGACUACAAUUCAGUGUUAAAGUCAAAAUCAUUUAUUUCAAAUAGACCAGAAAGGCACAUUUGAACGUCAAAGCAAAUAUAAUAAUAUUGAUAACGUCUGUCUGUCGGUCAGUCCUCUAGUUGGUCUAUUUGCUCGUUCCAAAGUGUAGAUUCCUAUGGAGAAGAACGAGCAAGAAACUCCAUAGGUUACUCUUUUUCAAUCAGAUUCACAAUACAAUACUUGGUUACAUUACAAAUAUAAUUUGCCAAGAGUAAAUGUACAAUGAGGCUUUUCAAUUUUCCACUACUAGAGGUCGCUAAUGAGAUGCAAACUUUUUUGUCUAAUCAUCUUAGUUAUCACUAAGUUGACUGUCCCAUACAUCACAUCAACAGCCUAUAAGUGUCCACUGCUGACCAAAGCCCUCUUCUCACACGGAGGUUUGAGUAUUAAUCACCACGCUUGCUCAAUGCGGGUUGGCAAUUUCAAACUUAUAAUUAGAAAUUAUAAGCAAAGGUUUCCUCACGAUGUUUUCCUUCACCGUUUGUCAAUGGUGUCUAAAUAAUCUUAGAAAGUACAUAUAACUCAAAAAAAGACACAUUAGUACUUGCCGUUGGUAGGCUUCGCUCCCGUAUCCUCGGCGUCAUAAGUUGACUGCCUAGUGACUUGACAUCAGGAGUCUGUGUUUCCUGAUGGGUAUAACCUGGGUGUCUUCAAAGCCCGAGUGAAUAGGUUUCUUAUGGGCAGACGUGCUCCAUCGUAGGCCGCAUCAUCACUUACCAUCAGGCGAGAUAGCGGCCAAACGUCGACCCAUCAUAUAUUAAAAAAAAACUUAAGCCACAUAUAUUGUAGCCUCCAGUAGGUAUCUCAAAACUCUCAUUAAAGUGUAUUUUUAUUGUUAAUUGUUAACUAGCGACCCGCCCCAGCUUCGCAUGGGUGCAAUGGUGAUAUAUUAUGCAUGUAUUAUACAUAUAAACCUUACUCUUGAAUCACUCUAUCUAUUAAACAAACCGCAUCGAAAUCCCUUGCGUAGUUUUAAAGAUUUAAGCGUACAAAUGGACAUAGGGACAGAGAAAGUGACUUUGUUUUAUACUAUGUAGAAUCGUUAGAAAACUUCGUAUUAUCUCCUAUUUUUAAUUUAAAAACAUACCUUCUAAAUAAGCGAACCCAAUAAAAUCUAGUCGUAUCACGUUUUAAGUAUAAUUUCGCAUAAAACAUACGCUUUUUUAAUAUAUUAUAUAUAUGAUAUUAUAUGUUACUUAUAACAUAUAUAUAUUUGUAACAAACAAUAAUGAUAUUUUUACUCAUAACAUUACAGUUAUUGUAAAGUGAAUUUAUUAUUAAUAUGUAGAUUGUAAACUUAUUGGUAAGAAGAUACAGAAGGAAUUAAUGAAGCCAGAAGACUUCUGUGCCGGUGAUGAAUACCUUUUCAUAUAAAAGCGAAGCGUUUCUGGUAACAAUAUAAGUCGAAGGGUCUAAAUGUGUGAGAGAGCUAUGCUUCGGCACUGCUGGGCCGGCUCAACCGGAGUGAUACCACGGCCGAGCUGAAAACCGACGUGAAGCAACGCUUGCGUUGUGUGAGUGAGGUUACCGAAGGCCCAAUUCCCCCCUUCCCAAUCUUCCCAAUCCCCGAUUCCCUAACAACUCUUAAAUUUCUAACCCCCAAAAGGCAACGCACUUGUAACGCCUCUGGUGUUUCAAGUGUCCAAGGACGGCGAUUGCUUAAAAUAUAAUAAGUAGAAUACCGAUGUCAAAAAUCCAAGUGAAAGUGCUAUCGGCAAUCCGAUUGCUGAUACUCGCGUCGGCAAUCCGAGCGCUGUCGAUACAGUGGACGCAGUCUGAAAAAUUUAUCCGUUUGAUGCGAUCCGUCCGAUGCGUACGAUGCGGACCAGGGGCCUUAGUCUGCUAUUACAAUUGUGUCAGAAUGGUCGAUCACUGAGCAGUGCGAGAGGGACGGAGCUAUGAAGGUUGUAUAGCUCCGUCUCUCUCGCACUGAUACACCUUAUAUUGUUACCACUGAUGCUUAAAAACUAGUUUUCGCUAUGAUCAACAUCAAACCGUUUCUGAAUAAAAGACAAAAGAAAUGCCAUCUUUUUGAAGUUUCCAAUACGUUUUUACUGAAGAAAGCAAUCAAAUAUUAUGUAUUAAAACUGUUACAUUUAUAUAUAUUGCCAAAUAUAUACACGAGGUGACACCGCAAGCUAAACAAACCAGUAUAAAUUGACCGUCGAAUUUGCGGAAAAGUCAUACAAAACGAGACCAUGGUAAACUGGUUUUUUAUAGGUCCAUGCAGCAAGCUAAGUAAACCAGUAUAAACUGAUGUGAAACAACAGAUACCCUCAAUUUUAUUGUAACUUUCGUGAGACAUACUAAAUUUAUUAUUA